AUGGGCCAACAGGUCAAAUGGCCUCAAAAGAUGAAGGCACCUGACUCGUUCCGGAACCCUGGCCUCUGGUGCGACUUCCAUCGCGACCACGUUCACAAAACUGAAGACUGCGUCGCUCUAAGGAUCGAGGUCAAUGAACUACUCCAAAAGGGGCAUCUCCGGGAAUUCCUCUCGGAGAAAGCCAAGAACCAUCUAAAUAAAGAGGUGCCGGCGAAAUCCGCUGGAGCUAUACCCGCCUCACAACCCCGCCAGGACCGAGUUAUCCAUGUCAUAUCUGGAGGUUCAGAGAUAAGCGGCGUGAGUCAUGCAUCUGCCAAGAAAAGCACCCGCAAUGCCAAGCACGGCCUGGAGACAACCAAACCAAAGCGGUUUCUCCUAUGUACCAACGAAAUAAGCUUCACGGCUAAGGAGCAGGAGAAGAUCAUGGCUCCCCACCACGAUGCCCUGGUCAUCUCGCUCACCGUAGAAAACUGCUUGGUAAAAAGAAUAUUAGUGGACAAUGGUAGCUCCAGCAACAUCAUUUUCCAGACUGCUUACCAGGAUCGAGGGCUCGAGGAGAGCGCCGUGACGCGUAAAAUAACUCCACUCAUCGGAUUCAGCGGCGAAGUCAAGCAAACAGCUGGAGAGGUCACUCUCCCAGUGUACGCUGAAGGGAUCAACAUGUCUACCAAGUUCCUGGUCGUCGACAGUCAAUCAGCAUACAACAUGAUCCUAGGAAGACCCUGGAUUCACGACAUGGGAGCAGUCCCUUCAACCCUUCAUCAAAUGGUGAAAUUCCCUACACCCUGGGGCAUCAGAAUAAUCAAAGGAGAUCAGGAGAAUUCUCGAUCCUGCUACCAAACCUCCUUAAAGGGGAAGACCAAGGUCUUAUAG